GCUGUUGCGAGGGUAGGCCGGGGGAAUCUGCCACGUUCGGACGUCACAGGGCUCCGGGGGUCCGAAGGCGAAGGGGGCCGGAGUCUCUUCUUCCCGGCGCACGAGCGGCGGGGGGAGCCCUCCGGUUGACCGGAGUCCCAGCACCGGCUAAGGAUGAUGUCCUGCAGCAUGGAUCCACAGGUACAUCUCACUGUCACCUACCAAGGUGACACUCAGAGCUUCCUUGUGUCAGAUCCAUCUAAUACCACAUGGGCUGAUGUAGAAGCCAUGGUGAAAGUCUCAUUUGAACUGAAUGAUAUCCAGAUUAAAUAUCUAGAUGAGGAUCAUGAUGAGGUGUCUGUCAAUACAGCAGAGGAAUAUGAAGAAGCUCUGAAGAUUGCAGUGAAGCAAGGCAAUCAGCUGCAGAUGAAUGUUUACGAAGUAAUCGCUUCUCCGGGAGUAUCUUCACAGCAAGCCCCUGAGAAGUCUGACAAAUCCUUCAUGCCCAAAGAUGGGAGGAAACCCCUCUCUCACUGUUCCAUAGUUGCUCAGUCCAUGAUGUGGGAUCAGGACACUGAGAAAGAGAAUGAGAAGCCACAGAGUGGCCAACAUCUCAGUGAGGCCCCUCCUGAGUGGUUCACAAGCUACUUGGAAAAGUUCCGGGAACAAGUGGUUCAAGACACAGUUGAAAUGCUUGAAGAGAAGCUGAGCAAGAAGCUUCUCCUUUCCAGCCAGCUGCCCAGCUCAUUCAGCAGCUCUGCACACCAAACCCCUGCAAGCCCUUCAUUGCAAGCCAACCCUUUUGAUUGGCUCCUCUCAUGCAGCAACUGUCAGGCCCCCAUCGUGGGCAUCCGCUACCAGUGCAGUUUAUGUCCAUCCUAUAGCAUCUGUGAAUUGUGUGAAGCCGGCGUAUAUACCCAUGACCCCAACCACGUGCUUUUGAAGCUGCGAAGGCCUGUCACGUGUAUCUCAGAGACAUAUAACUUUGGGCAGUUGUCUCCUCGCCUUGCUACUCUGGAGCAAGUCAGGCUCCAGAAACAGAUGGACAAGCGUUUUUUGAAAGCGGAGAAGCAGCGCUUGAGAGCAGAGAAAAAACAGCGCAAAGCUGAGGUGCGGGAACUCAAGAAACAGCUGAAGUUGCACCGGAAGAUCCAUCUAUGGAAUUCUGUCCAUGCUCUGGACACCACUGGCUUUGCAGCAGCCAAAACUGAGAAUCUGCAAUCCAGUACACUUCUUCCCCUCCAGGGCUGCCCUGUCAUUGUCCCCACGCUGAGUGCUGCCUUCGUGGACGAGAAUCUGCCGGACGGAACAUGCCUGCAGCCAAGGACAAACUUCGUCAAGCAUUGGCGUAUGAGGAACACUGGCAACAUGAAGUGGAGCUCUGAUACGAAGCUAAAAUUUAUGUGGGGGAACUUGACUCUGCUCUCCUCUGAGAAGAAAGAUGUGGCCGUACCUGCCCUGCAUCCCGGCCAAGUGGGGGUUGUUUCGGUUGAGUUUGUGGCCCCUCCAGUGGAAGGAACCUACACAUCUCACUGGCGGCUGUCGCACAAAGGGGAGCAGUUUGGGCCCCGGAUUUGGUGCAGCAUUGUGGUAGCCUCCUCUUCCUCUGGUGCCGACUGCCCGGAGAAUGGCAAGCUGGUGUCUGCUUUCUGCCAGAAGGGCAGAUCCCUUAGUAAAGAAGAGGAAAGGCUCUCAAAGUUCCAGACAGAAGCUCUGCAGGCCGUCGAUAGUGCCAUGCAAAGAGGUUUGGCCAGUGGGGCUUCUCCAACAAAGAUGAAGGGCGUCCUCAGCGCUAGAGAGUUCUACAUUCCAUCAGUCGACCUGCUCACAGCUCAGGAUUUACUUUCCUUUGAACUGCUGGACAUUAACAUUGUGCAAGAACUGGAGCAGGUCCCUCGUAAUACUCCUGUUGACAUGACACCAGAUGUGUCAGCCUUGCCCCAGGACAGUUCCUUGCUGGAGAAGGAGAAGGACAGUGUGGACCAAAAACAGGAAGUGGAAGAAGGAAGUGCAUGUCAAUCACUGCCUGAUGCUCAGGGAGGGAAAAGAAAGGCUGAAAACCCAACAAGCCAAGAGGAAGGAGAGGAAGACAUGAGUGGGACGCAGUUUGUGUGUGAAACAGUCAUUCGCUCCCUCACCUUGGAUGCGGCACCUGACCACAAGCCCCCACAGAGAAAGAAGUCUUUACAGGGUUCUAUGCAAGCACUACCGGACACUGCCAACUACAGCCCAAAAAACAAGGACCUCAUCAAUGCUAUUUCCACAACGCAAGAACCAGAGACCAGGAAUCAAGGCACAGAGAUGACCAAGGAACCAGAAUUUGAGCAACUCUCAGUGCAUGAUGAUGAUUCUGGCCAUGGUGAGGCUGAGGAUGAUGCAAAGGAUGAAGUCUGCAGCCAGGCGUCUUCUACCUCCUCUGAGGAUUAUAUUAUCAUACUACCAGAGUGCUUUGACACCAGCCGCCCUCUGGGUGAGUCUAUGUACAGCUCUGCUCUCUCGCAUCCAAGCUUGGAGAAAGUGGCAGAGGCUUCAGCAACUCCUGCAGGAGAAAGCCGUCCUCUGGGCCGGAGUAUUGGUGACAUCUUGACCACCUCGCAGACCCUGGAUGAGGUGCCACUGACCCCUCAGAUUGUGGAACCACGGCCAACUAGAUGCCUGACCCUUUCUGAGAAUGCUUCCCAUGCAACUAAUGCACCCAGUAGAGAAAAUGCUCCACCGGUGGCUGACCAGAUUAAAGAAGAACUCCUGGAAGGAGAUGGUCCUGAACUGCCACCUUCAGGGAAUGUAAAUACAACACAACCUUGUCCAGAAUUAUCCAGACACACCCACGGAAAUAGCCUUGCUGGCGGUCUGGUGAAGGGGGCCCUCUCGGUGGCUGCCUCGGCCUACAAGGCGUUGUUUGCUGGACCACCCACCCUGGAACAGGCUGUUCCUGUGACCACUGAGGAUCAUAUGGCUACCUUCUUGGCCAAUUUGAGCGAGAUGGGCUUCUGUGACUGGCACCUUAACAUCCGACUGCUCCGGAAAUACAACUGUGACAUGACCCAAGUUGUCACAGAACUGCUACAAAUUAGUCACACUGACUGGUAUGGGAACCAGUACUGAACCAUGCUCAUUUUGUGCAUUAAAAACCUCAACAGCAAACA